AUGCCUCGCAAUAAUUUCCACCCUCCUCGUCCGUGGUCUUCGCAGGUGCCCGACGACGACAACUUGAGCGACUUUGGCCGCGAUUCCGAUUCGACUAUGCGAGAUCGUCUGGAGCAGGCUCACAAUUCCCCUAGCACGCCCUCUCCGCACUCAUUGUCGCCACAGCCAACGUUGACCCGUCGCAACAUUCCUCCACCCUCUCCUCUGACCUCUUCCCCCGACUUAGACGGUCCCGACCGAAGCCACAUAUUCACACGCCUGCUAUCGCGUCGUUCAACGCAGCCAGAGAGGAUCUCUUCACGUGUGAGAUUCGACGAAGAACAGCUUCCCAUGUUUGCCGCAAUGGGAGGCGGGCCAUCGCCCAUGGCUGGGCUCAAGGAUGAACUGGUCCUCGCUGCUGGCAAAGUGACGCCCGGCGUGGACGAUACGCCGUACAUCCAGUACGCCUUGUCGGCUUUGACUCGGGAUCGCAGCAGUAGCUCCCAGGCACAGCCUCAUUACUCUCCACAAUCCGCUUCGGCGUAUUUUAACCAUCUACGGCGUACCAAGACUGUGGCCGAGGUCCCGUCUCGUCAGUUGCCGGUCACGGUUCCAGAGCCCGCUUAUACGGAAGACGAUGCUCCUCUCCGGCGAAUCUCUCCACGCCCAGACGCCUCAUUGCCAGUUCCCCCUCCAGUGCGGGAGACGCAUGGCUCUCCUGUUGUCUCCAUCCCCAUUGGAGACGCUUGGGACGUCAAGGACCCCUCGAGCGCUCACUGGGUCGCUGUCACCGAGGACAUGCGACAAAGUCUCGACCCCCACGGACGAACCUACCCUCCGCUCACUUAUAAGCCGUCCAUCUUGCGGCCAUUCUCAAUGAUGAUUUUAAUGACCUCGUGCUUGUGCAUGAUGGCAGCGUUGAUUUUUUGUGUACAAUACUCUGCUCACCACCACGGGCUAACGCCGUACCCUGGAAGUAUAUACACGGCGCAAUUUUUUGUUUUUCGAAUCCUUCCCCAGCUCCUUGGCGCCAUCAUUCUCAUCUACGCGCAGAGCAUUGUCAACACCUCUAUGCGCGUGCUACCCUUUGUGUCCCUCGCCGACGAGGACCCGCAGCAACGGUACUUGGCGCUGUUUGCUAAUCUCUACCCCAAGUCGCUGCUCUAUCCUCAGCUUGUCGGCCCUUGGCAAAUCAUGCUGUUUGAUAUUGCGACGUGGCUUGCACUCUUCACCGUGCCGCUGCUCAGCGCAUCAUUCACUUGCAUCUACAAGAGCGAUAGCUGGGUUUGGGCCCCUGUCCCUGUCGUCAUCUGGAUACUUGUCGCACUCUACAGUCUCUUGGUGCUGUCCACGGCAAUUGUCAUGGUGUUUUGGUUUGGAAGGUGGACGGGAUUUGCGUGGGACAUUCGCUCCAUUGGCGAUCUCCUGCCGCUACUCAACCGCAGCAAUGCCACGUCCAGCUUUGACCCACACAACCUGUCUGGCUCGCGAGACGAAUUCCAGACGGAUCUUCGGGAUCGAUGGUUUGACAGGCUAGGCUACUGGAGAUCUGGUGACAUGAUCACCGGUGGCAUAUGGUACUCUAUCGGUGCGGUAGGCGCCAGAGGCAACGACGCCAAAAUGGUUGCGGACCUCCGCCGAGAUGGCGCACCCAAGGUGUCGCUGGACUCGGAGGCAACUGCUGCGCCAGGGAACUGGCGUCGUGUCUACGAGCGCUAUCUCCCUCUGUGCAUUCAGUCUCUGCCGCUCAUCUCGUACACUGUCCUGUGCACCCUUCUUGUGGUUGCUCUGCUGAUUGUGUCCUUUCUGCCGCAAUCCCGAAUCGACUAUGGAUUCCGUCCCCUCUUGGCCGCGCGGCCGGGUAACGAUGCCUUUUCAGCGGCCAACUUUUUAUACGCCUUUCUGCCGUCCGUAGUCGGCAUGCUUUUCUGGAUGCUCUUUCAACCCAUCGACAUGGCCUUUCGACGGCUCCAGCCGUGGGCGGACCUGGGCCAGCUGGACGGCGCGCCGGCGUCAAAGUCGAUUCUGGCCGACUACGCCGCCUGCCUCCCCCUGCAGGCGUCGUGGAGGGCGGCGCGCAACGGCCACUGGCGGGUUGCGCUGCUGUCCAUCAUGGCGCAGGCCUUCGUGGCCAUCCCUGUGCUGGGCGGCGGGCUCUUUAUGGCGUUUGCGCGGGAGGACGGGCAGGUCAGGAUGUACCCCAGCAUGCCAGUGUUUGGCGUGCUGGUGGCAUUCCUCCUCCUCUACGUGGGGUGCCUGUCUCUGGCCGUCCCCCGCCGCGCCCAGUUCGAGCUGCCCCGCCCGGUGACGUCGAUUGCUGCCAUCAUGAGCCUGUGCUCGGCGCGGGAGCUCACACAGGACAGCGCUUUUCGCUCUGUUCGGUCGCGCGAGGAUCUCGAAGGCCGCCUGGGAGUCGGCCGUGAUCCUCGCGAGGAGACGAUGUGGUUCUACGGCGUGGUUGCAGGCCGUGACGAGCACCGCGUUAGUGUGCGGCGCAUGCAGCGCUACACGGAGAAGCCAAGGGUGCGAACUGUGGAAGCCAUGGUGUGA